AUGGCUAAUGAUCCUGAAAUCAACGCACCUCUAAGUUCGUACCUUCUUGAAAGGCGUCAUCACAACAACGAUGCCAUCUCCGAGGCGGAGAACUCGCUGGCCGGCGAGAACUCUCCAAUCGAGCAGGUGGCGCUGACUGUUGCGGUGAGCGACGAUCCGUCGCUGCCUUCCUUCACUUUCCGGACGUGGAUUUUGGGAACUCUAGCGUGCGUGCUUCUCUCGUUCCUGAACCAGUUCUUCGGGUUCCGGAGGGAGCCGCUGUCGGUGACGGCGAUCUCAGCGCAGAUCGCGGUGGUGCCGGCGGGGCACCUGAUGGCGGCGGUGGUGACGAGGCGUGUGUUCAUGAAAGGGACGAAGUGGGAGUUCACGCUGAACCCAGGGAAGUUCAACGUGAAGGAGCACGUGGUUAUCACUAUCUUCGCCAGUUCGGGAGCCGCUAGCGUCUACGCCAUCUACUUCGUUAGCGCCGUUAAAGUUUUCUACCGGAAAGAGUUAACGGUUUUGGCGGGGUUAUUGGUGGUUAUAACGACGCAAGUUUUGGGCUUCGGUUGGGCCGGGAUUUUUAGACGCUACCUCGUGGAGCCCGCUACCAUGUGGUGGCCCCAAAACCUUGUGCAGGUCUCACUCUUUAGGUACGGUGCUCAUUACCAACUACAUAUUUGUUUAAAAUGUUAG